AUGCCUUACAACACGACCGCCAUCCCGCCCAGGAAGGAGGUGACAGGCACAACUCAGCUGCCGUUCGCAGUGUCAAGAGUGAAGAAGAUCGUGGCCGUAGACCCAGAUGUCAACAUGUGCUCAAACAAUGCCGCGUUCGUGAUCACGCUGGCAGCUGAGCUGUUCAUCCAACAUCUCGCCACCGAGGCACAGAACAUGGCCAAGCUGGAGCGUAAGCCGCGCCGAAACAUCCAGUACAAGGACCUAGCUUGGCUGCUGACCCCCCGUGAUACAGCCAACGCGGUCCAGCACGCAGACAACCUCGAGUUUCUCGAGGACGUCAUUCCCAAGACCGCGUCCUACCGGCAGGUCAAGGACCAGGUCGCCGCCACGCAGGCCAGACUCCGAGGCGAUAAGCCCGCCGAGGGGUCGCAGCAGGCCAACGGCGCCAGCAAGAAGCAGCAGGCCAAGUCGGCGGCGCCGCUCGUCAACGGCGGCGGCAACCUGAACGGCUUUGCGCAGUCGGCGUCGUCGAGGUCCAUGCUGAUGGAGGAGGACCCCAGUGCGCAGUUGGAGCUGGAGAUGAGGCAGGCACAUGGGCAGCAUGAUGGGGACGUUGAGAUGAUGGGCUAG